AUGCUUUCAAAAACUAUUAGAUUCUGCUUCGCUAGAACACAAGCUAACUUUAGCAAAUUUUCUAAAACUAUUAUCCCUGAUUAUUUUAAAACAGAACCCAUUAUUGAAGGUUAGUAUCAAGUUACUCCUACACUCAGUGUUCCAUAAAAUAUCAAACGUCCUGAUUAUGUAGAUAACCCUAACCCUAUAUUUGGUAUCUAUCAUGGAAACCCAGUUGUGCACAAUCAAGAUAUUAUCAGGCGUUUGAAGAUAGCAGGAAAUUUAGCUGCUAGAACUCUCGCUCAUCUUGCAAGUCAUGUCAAGGAAGGAAUCACAACUGAUGAAUUAGAUAAGAUUUGCCACAAAUUUAUUAUUGACAAUAAUGCUUAUCCAACAGCAUUAGGUUUUAUGCAUUUUCCUAAGAGUGUAUGUACUAGUGUUAAUGAAGUCGUAUGCCAUGGUAUUCCUAAUACUAGACCUUUGAAGAAUGGUGAUUAUAUUAAUUUAGAUGUUACUCUUUAUAUUGAGGGUGUUCAUGGAGAUAAUUCAUUAAUGGUACCUGUUGGAGAUGUUCAUCCAGAAAUUAUGAAAUUAAUUUAAACUACAUAGAAAGCUUUAUAUGAAAGUAUUAAAGUUUGUAAACCUGGUACUCCAUUUAGAAAAAUUGGAGAAGUUUGUGAAUCUAUUGCUCAUGAAAAUGGUUUCUCAGUUUGCGAGUUAUUCACUGGACAUGGUGUAGGAGAAUUAUUGCACAUGGCUCCAGCUGUUUUCCACGAAAAGAAAACAAGAUCUGAAAAUCCUUAUGUUAUGCAACCUGGUAUGGUCUUCACAAUCGAACCUAUAUUUACUAUGAGAAGAGGACGUUAUCAAAUGUGGUCUGAUUAGAUGACAGUUGUUUCUCCUUAUAAUCCAUCUGCUUAAUGGGAACACACUAUUUUAAUCACAGAAUAGGGUCAUGAAGUUAUUACUUUAAGAGAUGGAGAAAAAAUAGAGUGA